GAAGAGGAAGAUAUCUGUGAAGCCAGUUGUGAAAAAGAAUCAGGGCAAUGUAGAUCAUGUCACAGGUGAUAAGAUCCCAAAGAGCUUUGUGUUUUCGAGAGGGAAGUUGCCCGGUCCUCUAAAGCAACUUCAGAUGGACCUAAGAAAGUUGAUGCUUCCCUAUAGAGCUCUCAAUCUUCGGCCAUAAAGGUCCAUUGUGGAGCAUUUUGGGUGACAAAAUCUGGAUGGGCGAGAUAGUCCGAAAUCACAAAUACUACCCGUAACCGCAAGCCCAUGGAUAGCUCCACGUACGUAUUGGGGAUUUUUGCCUAGCAGCAGGCAGCUACCAACGUGUAUUUUCACCUCAGGAGGCCUCCAGCCAACAAAACUAAACCACACACAUCGGAAUCGUUGGCGAAGUUUGACAGCGAGAAAUGGCUUCAGGUUGGGGAUCACUGGAAACAAGGGCAGAUGCUACGAUUUCUGGAUUGACUUCAGUGAAUGCAUGUCUCGUUGCAGAGAGCCCAAGGACUGUGCUCUCCUGCGCGAGGACUACCUUGAGUGCCUCCACCACUCUAAAGAGAAGAAGAGGAAGAUAUCUGUGAAGCCAGUUGUGAAAAAGAAUCAGGGCAAUGUAGAUCAUGUCACAGGUGAUAAGAUCCCAAAGAGCUUUGUGUUCUCGAGAGAGAAGUUGCCCGGUCCGCUAAAGCAACUUCAGAUGGACCUAAGAAAGUUGAUGCUUCCCUAUACAGCUCUCAAUCUUAGGGAGAAGAAACGAAAUAACCUCAGGGACUUUUUGAAUGUUUCAGGGCCUAUGGGUGUCACACAUUUCCUUAUAUUGUCAAAAACUGAAACUGCAUCCUAUCUGAGGGUUGCAAGGACCCCUCAAGGCCCAACCCUUACAUUUAAGAUACACGAGUAUUCAACAGCACAAGAUGUUGCGCAGUCUCAAUUGCGUCCUAGAUGCCCUCAAGAUCUUUUCAAAAAUCCUCCAUUGAUUGUUCUUUCUGGUUUUGGGUCAGGAGAACAACAUCUGAAGCUCACAACUAUAAUGUUUCAAAACAUCUUUCCAGCUAUUGAUAUUAACACUAAGAAGAGGAAGAUCUCUGUGAAGUCAGUUGUGAAAAAGAAUCAGGGCAAUGUAGAUCAUGUCACAGGUGAUAAGAUCCCAAAGAGCUUUGUGUUUUCGAGAGGGAAGUUGCCCGGUCCUCUAAAGCAACUUCAGAUGGACCUAAGAAAGUUGAUGCUUCCCUAUACAGCUCUCAAUCUUAGGGAGAAGAAACGAAAUAACCUCAGGGACUUUUUGAAUGUUUCAGGGCCUAUGGGUGUCACCCAUUUCCUUAUAUUGUCAAAAACUGAAACUGCACCCUAUCUGAGGGUUGCAAGGACCCCUCAGGGCCCAACCCUUAUAUUUAAGAUACACGAGUAUUCAACAGCACAAGAUGUAGCGCAGUCUCAAUUGCGCCCUAGAUGCCCUCAAGAUCUUUUCAAAAAUCCUCCAUUGAUUGUUCUUUCUGGUUUUGGGUCAGGAGAACAACAUCUGAAGCUCACAACUAUAAUGUUUCAGAACAUCUUUCCAGCUAUUGAUAUUAACACUGUCAAACUUGCCUCUUGCCAGAGAGUUGUGUUACUGAAUUAUAACAAGGAUACAAAGCUUAUUGAUUUUCGGCAUUAUUCCAUCAGACUCCAACCUGUGGGGGUCUCCCGUAGAAUCAGAAAGUUUGUACAAAAACACCAAGUCCCUGAUCUUAGGAGUCUCCAAGACGUGAGUGACUUUGUUACUAAGGCUGGGUAUGGAUCAGAAAGUGAAGCAGAUGAUGAAGCAGCAACAGUGACUCUGGCUAGUGAUCUUGGUAGAGUUAAUAGGGCUUCUACAAAAAGUGCUGUCAAGCUUCAGGAAAUUGGACCCAGAAUGACUCUACAACUCAUCAAGGUUGAGGAGGGAUUGUGUUCUGGCAGUGUCAUUUUCAGUGAGUAUGGAAUUGUUGGAGACAAGAAAAAGCAGGAGGAAAAUCAGGAAGAGGAUGAAGAUAAUCAGGAUGAUGAUGAUGAUGAUCUUGAAAAAAAAUAAGGAAGAUGAUGGAUAUGAGAGUGACUAGCCAAACUAGCAGCUGGAAUAAACCACAGUGCAUCAUUGGUUGUUUCAGGAAAGGAGAUGAAUGCGAGCAAGUAGAUACUUUCAAGCGUGGAGAUUUUGGAUUUUGGUCAAGGUUUUGAGUAGGAAAAGUUCUGUAAUCUCAUUUAAUUUUGUUUUAUUCAAGUUCAUGCAGAGUACAUAGAUUAUUGAACUUCCAAGAAGAUGCAAUGUGCUUCGGCAUCGCUUUUUCCAUGGUAUGGAGCGUUUCAUUUUAAUGUCAUGUAAACUAGGCGAAACCAAUUUUCUGAA